AUGUCAGUGGCAUCAACGAUCCAUACUUUCACGGACAGUCUGCCGAGCUUUGCGGUAUCCAGUGUUGUCUUCGUGAUCCUCUGCUUGAGCUGGAAGUUUAUUUACAAUGUCUUCUUUCACCCCCUCCGCUCAUUUCCAGGUCCGCUUAGCCAUGCGAUGAGCCGGAUUCCAUAUUUGUUCAAAUUGUCCUCUGGGACUCUGCAAUUUGACCUCCUAAAUAUGCACAAGAAAUACGGCGACGUGGUGCGAAUUGCGCCGAAUGAACUGGCUUUUUCCCAUCCGGGCGCCUGGAAGGAUAUUAUGGGCGCUCACCUGCGGAAGGAAGAAGAACUGCCAAAGUACUUGACAUUCUAUCGUCCAUUGGGGAAUCGAAAGGAUCCAGUCAGCAUCAUCAGCGCAGAUCGCGAGAAGCAUGCGCUUUUACGCCGUGCGCUUUCCCCUGGCUUCUCUGAGAAAUCAAUGAGGCAACAGGAAGCUCUUAUUCGUCAAUAUCUUGACUCUUUCAUAGUGAAGUUGCGUGAGCUGGGAGGGGGUGGAACCAAGUCUCUAGAUCUCAUGGAGUGGUAUAACUGCGUGACCUUCGAUAUCAUCGGGGAUCUAACCUAUGGUGAAUCCUUUGGAUGCAUCGAAAACGCCUAUUUGCACCCUUUUGUUAAACUUAUGCUCACGUCGGGGCGUGUUGGGACGUUCCUACAAAGCGCUGGCUAUUUACCACCGCUUCUGAGAGCUCUCGUGAGAAAGAUUCCCAAGUCGGGAAUGGAGGUCCAGUUGAAGAUUGCAAAGGAGAAACUUGCAAGGCGAAUGGCAGUUGGCAACGAUCGCCCCGACCUAAUACAGGGCCUACUAAAAAAGAAAGAUGAAAUGAAUAUGGGCGUCGAUGGGAUUGCGAUCAACUGCAGGCUUCUCCUUAUCGGUGGUUCCGAAACAACCGCAACACUCUUGUCCGGAGUAACCUUUCUGUUGCUAACCAAUCCCAACACCCUCGAGAAGCUAACAGCGGAAGUCCGCUCAAAUUUUAAGAAUGAAUCUGAAAUUACCAUUAAUUCCGUUAAUAGGCUGUCAUAUAUGCUUGCUUGCCUUGACGAGGCACUGCGGGUGUAUCCGCCCGUGGCCAUUGGGUUACCUCGUGUUGUCAACAAAGGUGGCUGCAGCAUAAUUGGACAAUUCGUCCCUGAAGAUACAGUGGUUGCAAUCCACCAUUGGUCAGCAUACCAUGACGAAAGACACUUCACAGACCCCUUUGCAUAUCAUCCGGAACGGUUCCUGGGUGAUCCUAAGUUCGCAAACGACAAGCGCGACAUGUUCCAACCCUUCAAUGUGGGUCCGCGAAGUUGCAUUGGCAGAAGCCUAGCAUAUGCUGAAAUGCGCGUCAUUCUCGCGCUUAUAAUCUAUAACUUUGACAUGAAGCUCGCCCCAGAGAGCGCGGACUGGAUCCGGCAGCAGAAAGUGUUCAUGUUUUACACGAAAGGGCCGUUGAAUGUUUUCCUAACACCAGUUCAGAGAUAA